UGAUUGAUCCAGAUGGAGAUGGCCAAGGCAAACUAUUCGAAGUGAAUUGUGAUAUGACGUCAUUUGGUGGUGGAUGGACAAUGUGUUAUACAACAGACAGUCAUGUCAAUAUAAAGACUGAACUUACUACUACACCUGAAUGGGGAUAUCGAGCAGACUGUAACAACAUUCCGUUCACUGAAGUGAUGUUUGUGGAUGAAAAAUCUAAACAAAAGGCAGCUUUUACUAAAGAAGGUCCACCUAUCACAUUUGCUGGUAGUUAUGAUAAGAAGGCAGGAUCAUAUGGCUUAUGGACAGCAAAUGAAGAUGGUGUGGCCACGACGGCAUACAAAUAUCAAAUGGUGAUCUGUGACACAUCCUUCCUUAAGGGUCUCUUUGUGUCUGGGUAUACCAAUAACUGCUACAAACAUUGCGACAGCUGGUGUAAUGACAGAUUGUCUGCAUAUUUUCGUACAUCUCCUGUUUCGGACCCAGGCUACAAAGGUGUCGCUUUCAACGAGAAUGGUCAAAGGCCAAACCCGAAUCGUCUGAUAAGUGUAGGAAUUCGUUAA